CUUCCGGGAGUCCGUAACUGGGGACUGUAGCCGCUUGGGGCGAGGGGCUGUGCUACCGGGACCAUGCUGCUGCGAACAGCUUGGAGGCGGGGGGCCGCGGCCCUGCUCUUGGCUCCCGGGCCGAAGCCCGAGGCGCUCGCUCGGGGUCUGCGCCUGCGCGUUACAGACCAUGUUCCCCAGUCUACUGUUCCCUCAGAUACAGCUACUGCUCCGGAGGUGGAGUCGGUGCUUCGUCCUUUGUAUAUGGAUGUGCAAGCUACAACUCCUCUGGACCCUCGGGUGCUUGAUGCCAUGCUCCCUUACCUAGUCAACUACUAUGGGAACCCACACUCCCGGACACAUGCUUAUGGCUGGGAGAGUGAGGCAGCCAUGGAACAUGCUCGCCAGCAAGUAGCAUCUCUCAUUGGGGCUGAUCCUCGUGAGAUCAUUUUCACUAGCGGUGCUACUGAAUCCAACAAUAUAGCAAUUAAGGGGGUGGCUAGAUUCUACAGGUCACGGAAAAAGCACUUGAUCACCACCCAGACAGAACACAAAUGUGUCUUGGACUCUUGCCGUUCAUUGGAAGCUGAGGGCUUUCAAGUCACCUACCUCCCAGUGAAGAAGAGUGGGAUUAUCGACCUUAAGGAACUAGAGGCUGCCAUCCAGCCUGAUACGAGCCUGGUUUCUGUCAUGACUGUGAACAAUGAGAUUGGAGUGAAGCAGCCCAUUGCAGAAAUAGGGCGGAUUUGCAGUUCCAGAAAGAUAUAUUUCCAUACGGAUGCAGCCCAGGCUGUUGGAAAAAUCCCACUUGACGUCAACGACAUGAAAAUUGAUCUCAUGAGUAUCAGUGGUCACAAAAUCUAUGGUCCUAAAGGGGUUGGUGCCAUCUAUAUUCGCCGCCGGCCCCGCGUGCGUGUGGAGGCCUUGCAGAGUGGAGGGGGACAGGAGCGGGGUAUGCGGUCUGGGACAGUGCCCACACCCUUGGUGGUGGGGCUGGGGGCUGCGUGUGAGGUGGCACAGCAAGAGAUGGAGUAUGACCAUAAGCGAAUUUCAAAGUUAGCGGAGCGGCUAAUACAGAAGAUAAUGAAGAACCUUCCAGAUGUGGUGAUGAAUGGGGACCCUGAGCACCAUUAUCCAGGCUGUAUCAACCUCUCCUUUGCAUAUGUGGAAGGGGAGAGUCUGCUGAUGGCACUCAAGGAUGUUGCCUUAUCUUCGGGGAGUGCCUGCACCUCUGCAUCCCUGGAGCCCUCUUAUGUCCUUCGAGCAAUUGGCACUGAUGAGGAUUUAGCUCAUUCUUCUAUCAGGUUUGGCAUUGGCCGUUUCACUACAGAGGAGGAAGUGGACUACACAGUGGAGAAGUGCAUUCAUCAUGUGAAACGUCUUCGAGAAAUGAGCCCCCUCUGGGAGAUGGUGCAGGAUGGCAUUGACCUUAAGAGCAUCAAGUGGACCCAACACUAGCAAUAUGGGCCUCUGACUUUGUGCUGGUCUGGCAGCUCCUGCCUCAUCAACCCAUGCAGAGUCUGGUACCUUGUUAUACCCAGUGGAUGCUCCAUGUUCAAACCAGAAUUAGUAGAGCCAAGCUGACUUCAGCAUCAGCCCAUCCAAGA